AUGAUAUGUCUUCUAUGGACUGGAAAGCUUGAUAAGUCACCAUACUGUCACCUAUUAUCCAAGGUCAUCUGGGACAAAGUGACUAGGGAACUAACCAGGCAAUUCUGCAAUAUUCUUGGCCAGUCUUACGAGAGCCCAUUGAGCAUGACUAUAGUUGUUAGGGUUCAGGGGUUGCCACCUGUUCUCAAGUUUAUGAAUGUAAUGGUAGGGAAGAGAAACGAAUGGCAGACUAUGAAGCAGUUGCUUGUGCCAGUGAAGUUAGACCGUGAGUUUCAGUUCCAUUCUAUUUUUGUUUGUCUAGUCUCCAAGGAACAAGCAACCGAAGAAAAUCCACCUAUGUUGAUGUCAUCUGGACAUUUGCUUUGCAAGCAGUCUAUUUCAAAGGUGUCAAAGAACGGCACAAAAACCUUCAAAUGUCCUUACUGUCCUUCUGAUAUCGAUUCCAGGACAGUGUAG